AUGAAUCUAUCAAUUCCUCUAUUCUUAUUCAUUUUCUUCUUCACCAAAUCGGCUAAUGGUUUCCUUAACUCGAUCUCGGCGUUGAAUAAGUUAGCCGAAUUGGGCAAGAAAGUCUACGAUUUCUUCGAUGACAACAAGGCUCAAACCACAGUCGGGGUGAUGCUCUCGAAAAAUGUGUCAGCCGAGAAAAAGAUACAGAUUGCUUCACAACUUGCCGAGCCAGCGAUUCGCACAAAUCCGAAGCUGAAUCGAUUGAAUCAGGAUUUGAGGGAGGAUUUGAACGCGACACUCACCGGAUUACGGAAUAAUUGGCUAAUGAAACGCACGUUGGAUUCGGUUUUGAAACAAAAGCUUACAUCAAGCAUUGGCAGUAUGCUUCAAAAUGGAACCAUUGAAAAAUUGCCUGUCUCUUUUGCGAAAGACGCGAACCGAAAACUCGCCGAAGCUCUCUACCAAAAUGGCCGAAUUGAAAUUUUGGGUGACGGGACCUCGCAUGAUAGUCUGAUUAUCGAUUUGGGAAGGGCUAUUACAUCGAAAUUUGAGAGUCUUUCCAUUGAAUGGAGCGAAAAGUUGACCUCGGUUCUCAACGGCGUUUCGGCGAACAAAAUGCUUAUCGAAGCGUUUCAAGGAAAAGUGAUGGCCGGUCUUGACCUGCUGGGAAACGAGAUGAACUUCUCGAAAGCGACCACCGACGAUUUUCGGAAGAAUCUUUACAAAACAUUUGAUGUCUGUUUCGAUACAACGAUGCAAAACAUCGAAGCCAAGUACGACAAAGAGCCGGGAGUGCUGCAAAAGCUUCGAACACAGUUCGAAUCUCAAUUCGAUGUUUCUCAAAGCAGAUCCGAAUUCAGCUUGACAAAUUUCUGGAAAGAAACGAGCACAGCAGAGAAUUUGGAGCUGAUGACUGAAAUGGAGAGACUUUUCGAGAAGAAAUUGACCGAACACUUGGCGACGCAAUAUUUCAACGACAACGAGUUGGGCCCAUAUCUCGGGCGAUCGAUCCAUUUGCUCCAGAAAACGAUGGAGACAAAUUUCAAAGAUAUCAACGAGCUUUCGUUUCAAAACACCGAUCUCAAGAAUUUCAUCGAAAAUCAGGCACAUUUGGAGCACGAGAGGAAAUUCAUUGAGAAAGAAAUAAUUUCCUUCUUUGUGGCUUCACUGGCACAAAUUGUGACAGCAGAUGAAGAAUGGAUUGAAGAUUGCAACAGCCAGAGUGAAAACAUUCACAUUCAUUCGGCUGGUGGCAACUGGAAAAACUUUUCGAGUGAUGUGACGUCUCACCAAUAUUUUUUUUGGCUCGAUCGAAAGUUCACGUGCACUGCUGAUCCAGACCAUUUCGCGCUUGUUCGAAUAAACGACCAGAUGGAUUCACCGUCAGACACAAAAACUAUCACUUGUGGAUCGGAGCGUAAAUGGUUGUGCAAAGGUGAAGUCGUUGUCUCUGUUGGAUGCUACACAGGCACACGGGCAGAUUGGAUCCAAAAGCCCGAAGAAGAGGAAAGGAUUCAAAAUUGGAUGGCCGAGCAUCACGGAGUCAAAGAGGAUCAAAAGGAUUGGACAUGGGGCAGCAGCCAGUAUAAACAACAAGAGAAAAUGCAGAGAAUGGCUUCGGAAAUCUAUAAACUUUUGCUUAACACCCAUAAUAUAAUCAGAAAGCAAGUCGCCGUUCUACCGGCAGACUAUGUGAAUGCUAUUUGGGAAGGAAAGGUUUCCUCAGAGGACAACUACUACAUGAGAACGGGUUUCGUUGGCUUUGGAGACAAUAACUCUGUGCUGAAAUUUGCGAAUUAUGUGAUAUUUGUGUUUCGUGGUGGCUUUCCGGACCGAUCAAAGCCUGAUGGAAAAGAAGCAAUCAGUCGUUACUUUCAAGAUGGUCUCAAAGGGAUAGAACGACACGAUGGGAUCCAAUCGCUAGCAGAGCGUGCAGCGACUUAUGCUUAUAAAUGGGAAGGACAAUUGGUUUUCUUGUUUAUGGCUUCGCUGGCACAAAUUGUGACACCAAAUCAAGAAUGGAUUGACGAGUGCAAGAGCCAGAGCGAAAAAAUUGUCAUACAUUCGGCUGAUGGCAACUGGAAAAACUUUUCGAGCGAUGUGACGUCUUAUCAAUAUUAUUGGCCCUAUCGGAAGUUCACGUGCACCGCUGAUGCAGACGAUUUCGCGUUUGUUCGAAUAAAUGACAAAAUGGAUUCACCGUCAGACACAAAAACUAUCACUUGUGGAUCGAAGCAUCAAUGGUUGUACAAAGGUGAAGUCAUUGUCACUGUUGGAUGCUACACGAGUGCACGGACAAAUUGGAUCCAAAAGCCCGAAGAAGAGGAAAGGAUUCGAAAUUGGAUGGCCGAGAAUCACGGAGUUAAAGAAGAUCAAAAGGAUUGGACAUGGGGCAGCACCCAGUAUAAACAACAAGAGAAAAUGCAGAGAAUGGCUUCGGAAAUCUAUAAACUUUUGGUUAAUACCGAUAUAAUCAGAAAGCAAGUCGCCGUUUUACCGGCAAACUAUGUGAAUGCUUAUCGGGAAGGAAAGGCUUUCUCAGAGGACAACUACUACAUGAGAACGGCUUUCGUUGGCUUUGGAGACGAUAACUCUGUGCUGGAAUUUGCGAACUAUGUGAUAUUUGUGUUUCGUGGUGGCCUUCCAAACAGAUCAAAGCCUGAUGCGAAAGAAGGAAUCAGUGAUUACUUUCAAGGCAUUUGGAAAUGGCAAGAACGAGACGACGGGAUCCAGUCGCUAGCAGAGCGUGCAGCGGCUUAUGGCGAGAAAUGGGAAGGACAACCU